AUGGAGAAGGAAGCUGGAAGCAUCAACAAGGCGGCAAAGAAAUCGUCGUCGUCUUCGUCGAUGGGGAGGUCGAGGAAAGGGUGCAUGAGAGGGAAAGGAGGCCCGGAGAACGCGCAGUGCAAAUACAGGGGAGUGAGGCAGAGGACAUGGGGGAAAUGGGUGGCUGAGAUCAGAGAACCCAGCCUAGGCAGCAGAAUAUGGCUAGGCACUUUUGACACCUCUUUGGAAGCAGCUAGAGCGUACGAUGAAGCCGCCGUCACCCUCUACGGCCCUUCCGCCACCCUCAACCUGCCUUCUUCUUCUUCUUCUUCAUCCUCUGCACCAUCACCUCCACCACCACCAAGGCCAAUCACCGCGACGGCGGAGGUGGCGUCAGAAGGCCCUCCUCCAGCUGGUUCUGGAGGAGGGAAGCAUGAUGAUGAGAAAGUAGUACUGAUGCAGGGAAGAGGAGAUCAGUUUUGUGAUUCUAAUAGUAACUCAUCUGGGUUGGCGGUUGGUGGAGGGGAAGGGUUGGUGGAUUGGUUGGAGUUCAGUAAUGAUUUUAUAGAGCUCAAUGAUUUGAACGGUGGGUUUGGGUGGCGGCAGGGGAUGGGAGUUAAUGGAGACAGCUGCUUCAGUAGUUGUAGCAUUUUGGAUGGUAGCUUCCAAGACCACAACUUCCCUUGGAGCUUUUAG